CUCUCUCAUGGGUUACCCAGAUCUGAAAACCAGGCUGCAGCUGGGAUCCCGGAAAUAUUUGACAUGCUAAGCUUACUCGCGACUUUACUUGAUAUGGAUAUGUUAAGCAGGACCCCUACUCUUUUGUGGAAAUUGAAAUGCCGCAUCUAGUUUGAGAAUAGCUAUUUAGGCUGCUUCAUUCCACAUCUAGUUUGCUUCACCCUAGGACACUUGGCUACUUAGAUUUUUACAAAUCUCUGCUCAACGUGCAUCAGUUCAUACACCUACCACAUACUACCAUGGAAGUACCUGAAUUUAUGUUCUUUAUACUUGUUUUUCUUCAAUUAAUGAAUCUGACUUGCUUGAUUACUCAAAAAUUCUAGUAUCUUAUUCUCACACUCGGACUGAUUUUCGAUUAAUCUUCUUCAGGGAACAAGUGCAGGCCAGGAAGACAAGUAGACAACAACGACACUCUAUAGUUAGGCAUCCAGGCUCCAGAUUAACUAAAUGGAGGGCUGUGCCUGCAUCGAGCAGUUCCGGCGAACUGACGAGCUCCUCAUCAAGUACCAGUACAUCUCGGACUUCUUCAUAGCCCUCGCCUACUUCUCCAUCCCACUCGAGCUGAUCUACUUCGCCAAGAAGUCGGCAUCCUUCCCCUACAGAUGGGUGCUCCUCCAGUUCAGCGCCUUCAUAGUCCUCUGUGGGGCCACCCACCUCAUAAACCUCUGGACCUUCACCAAGCACACCAGGACCGUCGACAUCGUCAUGACGGUAACCAAGGUCACCACGGCCGUCGUGUCCUGCGCGACGGCCCUCACGCUCAUCCAUAUCAUACCUGAUUUGUUGGGUGUCAAGACGAGGGAGUUGUUCCUCAAGAAGGCCGACAAGCUCGACAGGGAGUUGAGCCUCAUGCGAUCGCAGGAGGAGACCGGGAGGCAUGUCAGGAUGCUCAUCCAUGAGAUCAGGAGCACGCUUGACAGGCACACCAUCCUCAAGACUACUCUGGUUGAGCUCGGGAGGACGCUGGGUCUGCAGGAAUGUGCUUUCUGGAUGCCGUCGAGGAGCGGUUCGAGCCUUGAGCUAACUCAUACCAUGCGCCACCACAUCCCCACGGGCUCUUCUGUGGAGAUUAAUCUCCCUGUUGUCAACCAAGUCUUCAGUACCAACCGGGCUAUUAUAGUGCCACAUACAUCUCCUUUUGCGAGGAUCCACCCUGUUCAAGGGCGGCAUGUCCCACCCGAGGUGGCUGCUGUGAGAGUCCCGGUGCUGCAUCUUCCAAACUUUCAUCCUGAGCUUUUGGCAAAAAGCUACGCAAUUAUGGUUUUGAUGCUCCCAUCUGAUAGUGCAAGGAAGUGGCUUGCUCAUGAACUCGAGCUCAUCGAGGUUGUCGCCGAUCAGGUAGCUGUUGCCCUCUCAUGCGGCAAUUCUUGAAGAAUCAAUGUGAGCACGUGAUCUACUGACGGAGCAAAAUGUCGCCCUGGAUUUAGCUCUGCGAGAGGCUGAAAUGGCAAUACAUGCUCGCGAUGUCAACAGGGUGGGGGUUGAACUUGUGGGGCCUGAGGACGCAGACAACCUCGCUACCAUCGACUCAUCUGCUUCUGCAGCCAAGGUGCACAACGCCAAGCCAUGAUCGACGAGUCUGCCCCAACUUCGCCCGACACCGAUGCGUCACUUCUACCCACCAAGAAGUACUCCUUGAUCCAAAUCCUACUCUCUAUUUGCCUUUGCUUGCACCCUAUAGGUGCCCCAAAGGCCCAAACUGUUUCCUUUGCUGCUGCUGCGACAGCACUAUCUAUCUGAACCUAUGUAGUUUAAAUUUGGCCCUGCUCUGUGCAAUCUAUCUGGAUUUGUGCUAAGUUAUGCUAUUUAUCUAGAAACGUGUGCUUACCUUGUGGUGCAUCUCGGUGCCGAUAGCGAACACAAUGCUAUCCUUGAUCUCUUGGUAUGUUCGUGAAAACUGCAAACAGAAAGAAAUAGCUAGCUACACACUCCCGUACUGCAUGAAACCA